UUCCACAGCGGCUGCACCAUUUUACAUUCCCACCAGCAGUGCAGGGGUUCCCGUUCCUCCACGUCCUUGGCAGCACUUACUUUCCACGUUUUUGCUCCUAGCCAUCCUAGAGGGUAUGAGGUGGUACCCGACCCGCUGCCGUUCAACCCAGGGUCCCCCUCCUCCCACUUGUCAGGACCAUAGUGGCUACUGGGCUGGGUGCAGGCAGCCUGGAAGCACAGGCCCAUCUCCAAGCACUGCCGCCCCGGGAGACCCCACCAGAUCUCGGGAGGGGAAAACUCUGAGUGGAGGAGUCCGAGGUGCAGAGGGGAAGGCCGGGAGUGCAAAGACAGAGCCAGUCUGUCUGAGUCCAGAGAAGGGCAUAGCGUGAGCCGCUUUGAAGGAGAUGGAAUGGGGGAGGCAGAGACACUGCAGGCAGGGAAGUUCUGGAAGACUCAGGUUUGAGUUCCUUUUCACGUCUGCUGAUAAUGUUGAGUAAAGCAGAACAGGAACUCAUUGUGGUCCAGUGUGCAGACAAAAUCGCGUUACAGCCAACGCCAGCGAAUAUAAAGUGCACUCUCUGCCCUCAUCCUGGAAUUUCGUUGGCAAUCGGAACUGCCAUCCCCGCCGCGCACCAUGCUGAGCGCUUUCACGCAUGGGCUCCCAUAAUCCCACAACAGCCCUCCGACCGAGGUAUGGUCAUUGCUCCACUUUAAAGAAGAGGAAACGGAGGCACAGAGAAAGGUCACGGGCCUUGCCCAGGAUCUCCCCGUCAGGAAAUGGCCCAGAGCCAGACCAGUGUGAGGCACAGCUGUAAGCGUCCUACUGUCUAGCUGGAAGUAGCAUUUCCCUGCCUGGGACUUGGCAUAACGGGCUUCUGGAGGCAGAGGGCUCCUGGGACAGGUUCUUGCUCAAUGUCUAGGUCAGCUGGGGGGAGGGGGGGUGGGGCACCUCCGGAUGGGACCUGUGUUUGAAGCUACUGCCUCUGGUCAGUCCCAAGCAUGGCCUUUGAACUGACCCAACAACGGGGUAGGGGUGGGGGUGUAGAUUUCCGAAAAAACAGAGCUCAUUCUCAGCUCUUCUGUUAGCUUCUCUGAGCCUCAGUUCCCUUUAUCAGGAAAAUGGGCACACAGCUGCCCCGUGGGUGCCUGUAGGGAGGACCUGUGUUUGUCACACAGCCUGCCCCCUCCUCUGUUGAGUGACCUCAGCCCAGGUUGACCUCCGGGGCACCUCAGCCUGAUCUUAGGCUUCGAGGUUUCCCUUCCAUCUCAACCCCUCAGAUGCUCACACAGCAGCUCUCAAGGCCCCUGUCUGACCCCGUGCUGUGUCUUACGAGGAACACAGCCAGGGGAGCACAACCAGAGGAGCCUGCUGUGUGUGUGCGGGGUGAGUGUUGUAACUUUCCAACCCCAAGCUCAUCACUCAGCCUGGGGACUGGUGAGAAGGACAGUGCUCAGGGCCAAAGGGGCCCUGCAACCCAGCCGGCAGGGAGGUGCACUGGGAAGGUGAGGCGGUGGAGCAGAUGCACUGGGUUGCGUGGAGGUCACGGAGUGGAGACCAAGCCGGCAGCUGUCCGAUCCUCAACCCGCUCCAGUGGCAACCAGCGCAGGGACCGUGGCUUGGAGGCGAUCGGCGAGGGGCGCACAUCCAGGGAGCACGAGAAGAGGAUCCAGGACCCCACCCCAAGGCCCAUCCACCCCAGUCGCCGAGGGCGCCGGGGCCUCGCGCCACACCUGUCCGCUCCUCCCGGAGGCCCCGGCGCCGCUGCUGCCGGCCCCUCGGCGCGGAGCCCUGUGUCCGCCGUCGCUUUGAUCCCGGGGGCCCCGCUGGAUAAAAGUCCCGGGCGGCUCCGCGCCAGCGCCAGAGGGGGAGGCAGCCGAGCCGGGCGUACCAGCGGGCUGGCGCAGGACAAGCGACGCCGAGGAGCCGGGGCCGCGGGGCCGCCCGCGCCGGCCGCGGUGAGCGCGGGGCUCCGGGCGCGUUCGGGGUGGGGGAUGCCGGCCGGGGUCCGGGUGGCCCGCGGGCUGCUCUGGGCCUGGGCAGCGAGGGUGAGAGGGACCCCGGCGGCUCAGGUGAGCGCGGCCCCCCUGCGCCACCGGCCCGUCGGGCCCGGACCCGCUGCGCGGCGGGCGGAGUUUCCUCGGCGCGGAAAAGCCUCGCUCCUUGCCCGCCGCCCCUCCAGCCGCCCCGGCGGCGGGGGCGGCGGCGCCGGGCUGGCCGCGGUGAAUGGAACCGCCGGGGCCGCCGGGCCGCGCUGCCCCCCACGGAGCCGGGCCGGGAGCGCCUCCGGCGGCCGCGGCGGGGUAGUCCAGGCCCCUCCGUCAGGCUUGCGGUUUGGGAAGAAAAGGCGAUGCCUCCGCCAAGAAAAGAGCGAGCGCGGCCCCCUCCCCCUCCGCCGAGCCCGGGCGGCGGCGGCGGCGGCACAUCUAACGCGCGGGCACCCGGGCCGCCGCGGCCCCCGCAAACUACGCCCAGGCUCGGCCCCCGCCGCUCAUUGGCGCGGCUGGAGCCAGCGCACCCAGACCCUGCGCUGCCCUCGGCCGGCCGCGCGCGGAGCCCGAGCUGCCCAGGCCGACGGCGCCGGGCCCCAAGAGCCUCGACGCCGAGCCACCCGCGCCUCCUCGGCCCGGCCCAGCGCGGGAAGCGGGGAGAGCGAGCAGGCGCGGCCGGCGCCCCGUGGCCCGGCGCCCCCGGCCCGGCGACCCCCCCCGCCGCCGCCGCCGCCUCAAGGCCGCCCGCUCUCCGCAGGUGGCCGCGGGCCCGAGUGGCGCGGCCAUGGGCCGAGGGGUGCGCGUGCUGCUGCUGCUGGGCCUGCUGCACUGGGCCGGGGGCGGCGAGGGCAAGAAGACCUGGCGGCGCCGCGGCCAGCAGCCGCCCCCGCCGCCGCCCCCGCCGCGGGCCGAGGCGGCGCCGGCGGCCGGGCAGCCGGUGGAGAGCUUCCCGCUGGACUUCACGGCCGUGGAGGGCAACAUGGACAGCUUCAUGGCGCAGGUCAAGAGCCUGGCGCAGUCCCUGUACCCCUGCUCGGCGCAGCAGCUCAACGAGGACCUACGCCUGCACCUCCUGCUCAACACGUCGGUGACCUGCAACGACGGCAGCCCCGCCGGGCUCCAGGGCGUCUCGUCGCCAGCGGCGCCCGCACCAUCCGCCUCUGUGCCCUCUCGGACACGCGAAGUCUCUGCGCUGGACCCUCCCUACUGGCCGUGGCAGUUCUCGCCCCCAGGGGAGAGGGCUGCCGUCGGGCACUCGGAGGUGCUGGCCCUGGGGAGGCCCGGCUCGGUGACUCGCCGCGAGGGGGGUGGGGCAGAGCUUGAAGCUCUGGUCCCCGGCCAGCCCGGGCACUGACCCCUCGGCCACAGUGCCCAGUCUCUCUGCUCCCGUCCUUCGGUCCCUGGGCAGGGAGAGAGCAGUCCGCGAGUGGCCCUGGCUUCAGCAGGAGGAGGCGACACAGGGGGCGGGGAGAGUCCUGCUGAACCCCCACCCCCACCCCCAUCCCCACUCCAGCUCGACUAGGUCUGCUCCGUGCUGCUACCUGGACUGCCAGGGAUCCCAGCCAGCCAGAGGAACAGGGAGGGGGCGCAGGUGGGACAGAAGGACCUGGGGUGCAGGUUUCACUCCUCUCCAGCCCCGAAGUAAAUAAAGG